AUGACAAAAAAGGAACCGCACAAGCAGAUCAACACGGACUGCUCAAGAAAGAAAAUACGCCAUGCUACGCAUUCUGUUCACGGCUGCCGUGGCGGCCGGCUACGUCCUGGGCUACGACCAGACAGACGCUGGGCUUCGACGCCGCGCCGACGGUCGAAAACCCGUUCCGUCGAGGAGCUGCACCAGGCAGCGCUCGAGGAGGGCGGCGCCGAGUCGAUCGACGAGGACGCCCUCAAGCGCGAGUUCGAGUCGCACUUCCCCGGCUUGACGCCCGACCUCACCGCGGACCUGUCCAAGUACCACAGCCCGCGGUUCGACGAGCAGCUGGCCGCCGACAACAUCUACGUCGAGAGGCUGAGGUUGUUUUUCGAGGACAAGCUGGGUACUGCUCAGGGGUUGCGCCCGCUCACUGAUGGUAUUUGA